CCUCUUCUUCCGCCACCAUCGCCAAGAUGAGUAUGUACACGGCGAGCGCUAAAAUUCUCAAGCCAGGAGGCGAAAAGCCUGAUGAGUUUGAACAGUCAAUCUCUCAGGCUAUCCUUGAACUGGAGAUGAACAGUGACCUCAAAAGUUCAUUGAGGGAACUUUACAUCACAGCAGCCAAGGAAAUUGAUGUACAGGGCAAGAAAGCCAUCAUCAUCUUUGUGCCUGUGCCACAGUUGAAGGCUUUCCAGAAAAUCCAGACCAGGCUUGUCAGAGAACUCGAAAAGAAAUUCAGUGGAAAGCAUGUUGUAUUUAUUGCCCAGAGGAGAAUCCUCCCCAAGCCAACAAGGAAAACCAGGACAAAGAAUAAGCAAAAACGACCAAUGAGCCGAACUCUGACAGCCGUACAUGAUGCUUUCUUAGAGGACUUGUGCUACCCUGCCGAAUGUGUUGGCAAGAGGGUGAGAGUAAAGCUUGACGGUACCCGACUCAUCAAGGUACACUUGGACAAGACACAGCAGACAAAUAUUGAACACAAGCUGGAAACGUUCACCGCUGUGUACAAGAAACUGACAGGGAAGGAUGUCGUAUUCGAAUUCCCAGAUUAUGUCCUGUAAAUUAAGUCAAAUGAAAAAAAUUAAAAAAUGA